AUGGUUUCUCCCUCACACCCAAACUCUAACCAACUGAUGAACAAUGCCUUUGAAGAGCUGCUGGCCUUCCAGCGGGCCCUGAAGGACCUGGUGGCCUCUGUUGACGGCACCUACGCUAAGCAGUACGAGGAGUUCUUCAUCGGCCUGGAGGGGAGCUUUGGAUCCAAGCAUGUCUCCCCCCGAACGCUCACCUCCCGACUGCUGGGCAGCAUGGUUUGUGUGGAGGGCAUCAUUACAAAGUGUUCCCUCGUCCGUCCCAAAGUAGUGCGCAGCGUUCACUACUGUCCAGCCACUAAGAAGACGAUGGAGAGGAAGUACACGGACCUGACCUCCCUGGAUGCCUUCCCCUCCAGUGCCAUUUACCCCACCAAGGACGAAGAGAACAAUCCUCUGGAGACGGAGUUUGGGCUGUCCAUCUACAAGGACCACCAAACCAUCACAGUGCAGGAGAUGCCUGAGAAAGCUCCUGCUGGCCAACUUCCGCGCUCUGUGGACAUCAUUUUGGACAACGACCUGGUGGAUGCAGUCAAACCAGGAGACCGGGUGCAGGUGGUUGGGACGUACCGCUGUCUGCCUGGCAAGAAGGGAGGCUUCACCUCUGGCACGUUCAGGACCAUCAUGAUCGCCUGCCACAUCAAACAAAUGACCAAGGAGGUGUCGCCGUGCUUUACCGCUGACGACGUGGCCAAAAUCAGGAACUUCAGUCAGACUCGUUCCAAAGACGUGUUCGAUCAGCUCGCUCGUUCCUUGGCUCCCAGUAUCCACGGCCACGAGUACAUCAAGAAGGCCAUCCUCUGCAUGUUGCUGGGAGGCGUGGAGAAGGUCCUCGAGAACGGCUCGCGAAUCAGAGGAGACAUCAACAUCCUGCUUAUCGACGCGUACGCCACGUCGACGUUUGAGAUCGGUUCAAACGUUGGCGUUCAAGCGUUACACACCUGGAAACACCUGCUCAACACCAACAUUUGUCCUCCACCAGGCGAGCGGCGUCUCGAGGCGGGGGCCAUGGUGCUGGCUGACCGCGGCGUGGUGUGCAUCGACGAGUUCGACAAGAUGUCCGACAUGGACCGCACAGCCAUCCACGAGGUGAUGGAGCAGGGCCGCGUCACGAUCGCCAAGGCCGGUAUCCACGCCCGUCUCAACGCCCGCUGCUCCGUACUGGCUGCUGCCAACCCCGUCUACGGCCGAUACGAUCAGUAUAAAACGCCCAUGGACAACAUCGGCCUCCAGGACUCGCUGCUGUCGCGUUUUGACCUCCUCUUCAUCGUGCUGGAUCAGAUGGACCCCGAGCAGGAUCGCGAGAUCUCCGACCACGUGCUCAGGAUGCACCGCUACCGUGACCCCCGCGAGCAGGAGGGAGCCGCCAUGGCUUUGGGCGGGACCGUGGACGUCCUGGCGACAGACGAUCCAGACGCUGCGGUCGAGGAGCACGAGGAGCUGCAGAUCUACGAGAAGCACAACAACCUGCUGCACGGGAGCAAGAGGAAGAGGGAUAAAAUUGUGAGUAAGGAGUUCAUGAGGAAGUACAUCCACAUCGCCAAGGCUGUGACUCCUGUGCUCACAGAGGAGGCGGCCAAUCACAUCGCAGAGGAGUACUCGAGGCUGAGGAGUCAGGAACAGCUGGGGGCCGAUCUGGCGAGGGUGAGCGCGAGCCGACAAAUCCUUCAUGUUCGGUUCUGCAUCACGUCUCACUUUGGUGUUUGUUCUUCAGUCCAGGCUGGCACCCCGAAACCAGCCAAGCCGAGAGAGGACGAGCCCAUGGACGCCUCGCUGCAGGCUGAAGACGCUGAGCUGUCUGCAGAGAGGCUGAAGGAGUUCAAGUCGUCGCUGUUCGCCGUGUUCCAGUCUGCUCACGCUCAGUCGGUGAAGAUGAGCGCGCUGAUGGACGCCAUCAACAAGGAGCGUCAGAACGUGUUUGCAGAGGCCGAGGUGCGUGGCGCUUUGGCCCGCAUGCAGGAUGACAACCAAGUCAUGGUGGCUGAUGACAUCAUCUUCCUCAUUUGAGACAGAAAUAAAUUACUUGGACUUUUAAGAAGCCGUGGAAGAUAGCACGCCCCCCGCCGUUCAUCUGUCACGUUUGCUUUGGUGUCAGCAGCUCAGCUCUGCAAACUGGGAGAAGAUAAAGUUUAUUCAUGCACUUGUUUCAGUUCAUGGUGGAAACGUUGCCUGAGAGCGUCUUUGGUUUCAAACAUCGUCACCGACGCUCUUUUACCUGCGUUUGUCUCUUCUGGGCUUGUAUAUAGUUGACGUGUUGUUGUGAAAUAUAAAAAAAUAAAAUGUCAUUGUUGGUGUGAAAAA